AAUAUUCUAAAAUAUGUUGUACUGGUGAAGUGCUCAAAACGGUCUAUAUAAACGUACGAUGGAGCUUCAUUAUUACCAGUGUCGCGCUGUUAACAUGCACGCGUUCUUUGCCUUGAUAGUCGCCUGCCUGGCGGUAGCCGCUCAUGGCUACCCAAAUCCUCAUAUUGUUGGUGGAAAAGAUGCUCCGGUCGGCAAAUUUCCGUAUCAGGUAUCUUUGAGAAAAAAUGGACGUCACUCCUGCGGCGGAUCCAUCAUCAAUGAACAUACCAUUCUCACUGCUGCUCACUGUAUAAUAAGCUACGAAGGAAAUCCAGGAGCUCUGAAAUCGCUAACUAUUCACGCUGGCACAAAUCUGUUAAGCGAGACUGGUACCAUUUACACAGCGAAAAAAGCCAUCGUUCACAAUUUCAAUGCUGUUAGAUUAGUUAAUGACAUCGGUUUACUUAUUCUGUCAACUCCUAUCAAAUACACUAAAUAUAUACAGCCCAUAACACUUGCAACUACCGAUGUUGCCCCUGCGGGCUCUGCCUGCACCUUAUCCGGAUGGGGAAGAACCUCGUUUGGCGGUAUCGUUCCAAACAACUUACAAGAGAUUGAGUUAAGCGUUUACAGCCAAGCAAAAUGCAAACAAACGCACUGGAAUGUACAAUCUAGCCACAUUUGUACGCUUACGAAAGUAGGUGAAGGCGCAUGCCAUGGUGAUUCCGGUGGCCCUCUCGUUGCUAAAGGUGUUCAAAUUGGUAUUGUUUCCUUUGGUAGACCAUGCGCUCUUGGAGCUCCCGAUGUAUUCACGAGAGUAUCCGCUUUCGAGGAUUGGAUCCAAAAGCAUGUUGAAUAAUAGGAUAAAACGAGAUAUCUUAACCACACACAUUAUUAUUUAAAUACAUUGAUAUUUUUUAUACAUACAUAUACGUAUCUCAUAUAUGUAUAUUCCAUAGGAUUUGUCAUGAAGCGUUCAACAAGUUUAAAAUAUGAUAAAUAGUAACUAUAAUUGUGUGUGCGUAUGGAAGAGCGGAUUUGAAAUAAUUUUCUGAUAAUUACUGAAUAUGUAAAUAAUUAUUAUCCGCGCGUCUUGUAUUAAACUA